AUGACUGUCAGGCUGUGGGAUGUAGCGACAGGGCAGCCAAUUGGACAGCCCUUGCGCGGGCAUACGGAAGAAGUUAACUCAGUCUCUUUCUCGUGGGAUGGGACUCGCAUCAUUUCUUGUUCACAUGAUGGUACUGUCCGUGUCUGGUAUGCAGCGACCAGGAAGUCAUUGCAGGACCACGCCGAAGAAGACCGUUCACCAUCCUCCCCGCCCGGCAGUUGCAUCUCACAUCCAACAGCGGUUAUCCCCACACCCAACACUGUGAAAAAUAACUCUAUUUCCUUCUCAUCCAACUCGACACACGCUCUGUGCGACACUGCUGAGCUACUCGCAGGCGCUUCUGAUGACGACCACACUUAUUUGCUGGGAGCUGAUGGAUGGGUGUUAGGACCAAAUCGUCAGCUCUUAUUCUGGGUACCACCCGCUUCUCGAGAACCAUUUUAUAAUUCUUGGACUGCAUUAGUGAUUGGGAAAAGAUGUGUUGAGCUUGAUUUGAGUCGCAUGGCACAUGGGACACGCUGGCAGCACUACUGCAAGGAGUGA